AUGCAGGGACCUUCCCCACGCCAAGGAGGAGGAGGACGCCAAGGGAAGCCCUGGGUCCCAGGAAGAAAACCCGCAGGUGCCGGGGAGGAUGCCCGGGGCUCUAGCUCCCCUCCCCAGGGCUGCCAGAGACACGUGGAGGAGAUGGAGGUGGGGCGGGCUGGAGGAGCAGGGCAUGAAUGGGCACAGGGCAGGCAGGAGAGGUCAAGAAGUUCAACAGAGUAUUCUGGAGAGAAGCCUUAUAAAUGGAAUGAAUGUGGGAAGGACUUCAGACUGUGGCAAUACCUUACUCAGCAUCAGAAAAUUCAUACUGGAGAGAAACAUUAUGAGUGCAAUGAAUGUGGAAAGGUCUUCAGACUGGGGACACAACUUAGUCACCAUCAGGAAGUUCAUCCUGGAGUGAAACCUUUUAAGUGUAAGAAAUGUGGGAAGGUCUUCAGACUAGAAAUACAACUUAGUCAACAUCAGAGAAUUAAUCCUGGAGAGAUUCCUUUUGAACAUAAGGAAUGUAGGAAGGCCUUCAGACUGAGGACACAGCUUACUCAGCAUCAGAGAAUUCAUACUGGUGAGAAGCCUUAUAAAUGUGGUGAAUGUGGGAAGUCCUUCAGACUGGGGAAACAAAAUUUUCACUAUCAGAGAUUGCAUACUGGAGAGAAGCCUUAUGAAUGUAGUCAUUGUGGAAAGUCUUCGAAAGCUCUUACCCCGCAGUGUUGGGAAGAAGCAGCUGCUCUGAGCAAGCACAGAGCCCAAGAGGUUUUUGUUCAGGGCUAUAUCACUGUGGGAGGGCAUUCUUCACCUUGCAGACACAUCACAUUGAUCACCCCAAAUGUCUUGCAUCUUAAGCGCGAAGAAACAGUGUUGGUGGAAGCUCAUGAUCUCACCUCCGACAUGACAUUUAAACUCACCCUCUAUGAUUUUCCAAAGAAGAAAUUUCCCUCUGAUGAGAUCACCUUCACAUUGAGUUCCAAGAAUAGAACAGCCCUUGCCAAGGUCAAGAUUCCUUCAAAUAUGUUUAAGCCAAACUCACCUGUGAAGCAGUAUGUGUCCGUCAAUGUGAAGAGCUCCCAAUCAGAGGUGGAAAAAGUGGUACUUGUUGGCCACCAUAGUGGCUAUAUUUUCAUACAGACAGACAAGCCCAUCUACACUCCAGGAUCCACAGUUCUCUACAGGAUCUACACCCUGGACCUUCACCUGAAACCUGUCUCUAAAACUGUCAUUGUGGAUAUUCAGAUGAAGUGAUUGGGCCAGAACUCAGAAGGCAUUGUGAUAAACAGUCAAAAAUUUACAAAUCCUGAGAAUACUGGAAUCUUCCCUUCAACAUACUUCAUACCUGAAUUGAUCACCCUUGGUACCUGGAAGAUUGUUGUCCGAUAUGAAGAUGCUAUUGAGAAAACUUUCUCCACAGAGUUUGAAAUUAAGGAGUAUGUGUUACCAAGCUUUGAGGUCACAUUGGAGCCAUCCAAAAAGUUCUUUUACAUUGAUGCGAAUGACAUGCUAGAAAUUGAUAUCAGUGCCAGGUAUCUCUAUGGAAAGCCAGUAGAUGGCAUAGCCUUUGUUCUCUUUGGGUUAAUGAAGGAUGGAGAUAAGGAAAGCCUACCCCAUUCCCUUCAGCGGGUUCAUAUAGAAGAUGAAGUGGGAACUGCCACCUUGGACAGGGCUAUAAUGCAGCGCCAGUUUGCAAAUCUGAGCCAGCUAGUGGGUCAUUCUCUCUAUGUUACUGUCACUGUGCUAACAGAUACUGGAAGUGAUAUGGUUGAAGCAGAGAGAAGGGGGAUUGCCAUUGUGACAACCCCAUAUAAAAUACACUUCACAAAAACAUCCAAAUACUUCAAGCCUGGGAUGCCCUUUGAAUUCACGGUCCACGUGACUAACCCUGAUGGCUCUCCUGCUAUAGAGGUCCCAGUCACGGUUGACUCUGCCCGUGGUAGUGUAAAAACACUAGAAGAUGGAAGGGCAACGCUAAUCGUAAACACUCCUGGGUACCAAACCACAUUGCCCAUUGAAGUGAGGACGGCAGAUCCAAGACUCCCUGCUCAGCGUCAAACAACAGCAACCAUGGUGGCAAAUGCUUACCAGACUUUUCGAGGGUCCCAGAACUACCUUCACAUCGGGGUUCCCUCCUCGGUAGUCAGGCCUGGUGAUCACCUAAACUUGCAGUUUGUUUUGAAGAAUGACAACAACUAUGUGCAGAACCAGAUCAAGUAUAUCUCCUACUUGAUCCUGAAUCAGGGAAGAAUAGUCAGACAUGGCCAGCAGAUCUGGGAUCCAGGGCAAUCGAUUAUAUCCAUGACCUUGGAAAUUGAGUCAGACCUGAUCCCUUCCUUCCGUGUUGUGGCUUAUUACCAUGUUAAUCCAUCGGGACAGAGGGAGAUCGUGGCUGAUGCUAUCUGGGUAGAUGUAAAGGACACUUGCAUUGGCUCACUACUGGUAAAAGCAGCUACUCCAGAUGAUGACAUCAUCCACGAACCAAGGGAUUCCAUGAAACUGAAAUUAGAAGGUGACCCAGGGGCUUCUGUGGCUUUGGUAGCUGUUGACAAAGGUGUCUAUGUCCUGAACAAGAAGAGAUUCACUCAGAGCAAGGUCUGGAAAACUGUAGAGGAAGGAGACCUGGGUUGCAGCCCAGGUGGUGGCAAAAAUGCCCUCGAAGUGUUUACAGAUGCAGGGCUGAGCCUGAAGACCACUGUGGGGAUAGAAACCCAUCUGAAGACAGAACUGGCAUGUGAAUCAUCGGAAAGACGCCGUCAUCGACGAUCCCUACAACUCAUGGAAGAAAAAGCUGCUCAAGUGUCUCAGUACAAGGAUCAGGAACAGAGACGCUGCUGUGAGCAUGGCAUGCACAGGAACCCCAUGAACCACAGCUGUAAGAAGAGGACCGACUACAUUGUGGAGGGCAGUGAGGCCUGCAAGGAAGCCUUCCUGAAUUGCUGCCAACAUAUCCAGGAUCUGAGGAACAAGCUCCUGUGUCCAGACGACCUCAUCUUAGCCAGAAAUGACUGGGAGGAUGAAAUAUUUCCCGAGGAAGACAUUGUCUCAAGGAGUCAGUUUCCAGAGAGCUGGCUUUGGCAUGUGGAGCAAUUGACAGUGGACUCUGCUACAAAUGACAAAAUUGCAUCAAAAAUUAUCCCUAUCUAUCUGAAGGACUCUAUCACCACCUGGGAAGUGUUGGCUAUCAGUGUCUCCAAGACCAAAGGUGAGGGGGCAGCAGGUGAAGGAAGUGAAACUGGAGGCUACGAUCACACAAAUUCUGAAGUCACGCUCACAGCAUUUGUGGUUGCUGCCCUAGAGGAGUCCAGGCCAUACUGUGGUGACCAUGUGCAGAGUUUAAAUGGAAGCAUCACCAAAGCUGUGGAUUUCCUUGCCCAGAAGUACCCUCAACUAACUGAAACCUAUGAGGUGACACUGGCCUCCUAUGCCCUGGCACUGAUGGGCAGGCUGGAUAAUGAGUCUGUGCUCCUUGAUGCAGUCAGUGGUGGGGAUCACUGGGAAGACCCAAGAUCCUGCUACUACAGUAUCGAGGCCUCUUCCUAAGGACUACUGAGUCUCAUACACUUGAAGAAAUUUCAGAUGGCAACAGAAGUGGCCCAGUGGUUGAUGUUACAGAAAAUCUAUGAAGGGACCUAUGGAAACACUCAGGCCCUCGUCAUGACACUACAAGCCUUGGCUGAGUAUCAGAAAAGGGCACCACAACACAAAGAUACGUAUCUUGAAAUUUCUCUGCACCUACCAGGCCAUCGGUCAGUCAUCAAUCACCGGAUAGACUAUUCAAACAAUCUGUUGAGCAGAAGAGCUGAGACCAAACUAAAUCAAGACUUCGUUGUGAAAGCAAAAGGGACUGGGCAAGGAAUAAUGACGGUUGUCACUACUUACUAUGCAAAGCCUGAAGAACAGGAUUCCCAAUGUCAUAACUUCAGCUUGCGUAUCUCAGUGAAGAAUGAGACUGGUGAGAAGAAACUAGAAGAAACUCUUGGUUCUGUGUCCAUUGAAAUCUGCAUGAGGUUCUUAGGUGUCACUGAUGCUGCCAUGACUAUCCUGGAUAUCUCUAUGCUUACUGGUUUCUCUCCUGAUAUCGAAGAUCUCAAUCUACUUUCUCAAGGAGUUGACAAGUAUAUUUCCAAGUUUGAAAUCAACAAAUACUCAUCAGACAGAGGGACACUCAUUAUCUACUUGAAUAAGGUUUCUCACAAAGAAGAGGAGUGCAUCAAGUUCAAAGCCCAUCAGUUUUUUGAAGUGGGUCUAAUCCAACCAGCAGCUGUCAAAAUCUAUGAAUACUAUGCUUUAGAGAAUCGUUGCACCCGUUUCUACCACCCAACUCGCACAGAUGGACAGUUCAAUAAGAUCUGCACUGAGGAAGUGUGUCGAUGUGCUGAAGAUCAUUGCUUCUUGCAAGAAAAUCAAGAUGGCAUUCGAGAGGAAACAGCCUGUCAGCCUGGAGGGGAUUUUGUGUACAAGGCAACACUCCUAAGCAUGAACCAGAGCAGCAUCCAUGACAACUAUGUCAUGAAAACCCUGAGGAUCAUUAAGCCAGGGUCUGAUGAUAGUGCGGAGGGGAAAGAAAGGAAUUUUAUCAGCCAUAUGAAAUGCAGAGAUACUCUGAGACUAGACAUUGGUAAAGACUAUCUUAUCUGGGGUGCUACCAGUGACCUAUGGAUGAAGAAGUCUGAGGUAUCUUAUAUCAUUACCAAAGACACCAAUAUUGAGAUGUGGCCCAGUGAUGAGGAAUGCAAGGAUCAGAAAAACCAGAAGCUAUGUGAGGACCUCGAUGACUUCACCAAGAAAAUGAUAUUUGGUUGCCACAACUAA